UUCAGGCCUCAAGGUUCAGCCGCCUCGGGACGUAAAGUGCCCCUCGAGCCCCGCCGAAGCGAAGCAUGCCGCUUACACACAAACCUCACAGACGCCACAGUGGAGUGGUCCAGCAACACAACGGUGUCUUUCCCACUCACAGUGCACACACACACAAUGACAGUCUCACAUGCUCAUGUCAGAGAGGCACUACGGCAUUCACUAAAAUGUACACUAAGUCACACCUACAGAGAGGAAAAGAAAAACAAAAGAGCAGCAAAAAAAAAGAACAACAACAGGAUACCAACAGCACACAAAGCAUUCACAAUACAAUAA